AUGCCUGGGGUACCCUCCAACAAGGCUUGUGAGCGUUGCAAGAAGAGACAUAUAAAGUGUGAUGAGACUCGCCCUCACUGUCAGCGGUGCACCACUGCUGGAGUAGAGUGCCCGGGAUAUGUUCAAACCCGCAAAUUUAUUGAUCAAGGAGCAACUGUAAGGCGUCGCUAUGCUCCAUACCAAGAGGCUCAUCCCAAAUCGAGCUCCGGGGGUCAGUCCUACAAAGCGCCCGCAGAGCAUAAUUUGGACUCGACGCAGCAAAGUCAUUCACAAACAAGUAAUGAACAAAUCCCACUUAACCAUCCACAAGAACAUGAUGGCCCUUCCCUUCACCAUCAAAUGGGAGAGACGAGCCUGGACUCGAGCGAUGGCCCAAUGAACAUAGAGAUGACUGGUCCUUCUAGCCGAUCAGGAAAUCUCCCAGGAACCACUCAGCAGGAAGCCAUCAAUGUAUCAGGAAACCCGACUGUUCCUGUUCCUGCUAACUCUUUUGGGACUGAACAAAACACUGGAUCUGCAAAAACAAUCCACAGCCCAAUUUCACCAACGUCUGGCACGAGGGGGCUGUCAUCUUUUGAGAUGGCUUACCUCGGACUAUCCAAUGACAUGCCAGAUGCUCAAAGGGGGAUACCCUCCCAAACCUCAUCACAUCGAAGUGAGAAAGAGGAUUUCCAGGAUAUCUUCUCGGAACUCAUGACCGGAACAGAACAUGAGAUCGCUUUUCUCACCCGUCAUUACUCUGAAGUGCUGGGUCCCUGGUUGGACUUGACGGAUGCUCAAAAAUGGUUCACAGUCUAUGUUCCCAUACGUGCCAUCAACAAUCUAUCCGUCAAAUACGCUAUUUCUGCAUUAUCCGCCAAGCAUCUAGGUCGUGUCAAGGGCAUCAAAUCUCCCACCGGAGGAAUGUAUACAAGCCCUGCCACAACUGAAGUCUAUCCAAAUGGCACGCAGGUCGAUUGGUAUCUAAAAGCUGCCAAUUAUUACUACCUUGCAGCAUCUGAUCUGAAUAAUAUCACUUCGGAUGGCUACACCGCCGUAUCCAGCUCUGCUGUCUUGGAAUCACCGUUUGAGAUCGUUGGUCGGUGGUUGAACUCGCGUCAGACUCAGACAAAUUUAAAACCUGCCAGUGAUGAUCCAAAUGAUGUGCAAUUUGUUCGAAAAACAGAAGAGCUGUUGGCUACUGCCAUGCUUCUGACCAUGUAUCGGCUUCUGGAUGCGAAUGGAGAUGAUUGGCAUACACAACUUUCGGGAAUUCGCCCUAUGUUCCAAUCUCUUCUCAAUGUUCAUUCAAAAGCAUCUGCUUCUUUCUCCCAUGGAAUCCGGGCUGCAUUCUGGAACUUCGCUCGUCAGGACUACCUCGGUUCUUACUUUACCCGAUCACCUACACACUUCAAUCCAGAGGACCAUUCCCUCUGGUGUACUGCCGGGAUUUCGAUUAAUGAGAAAAACGAACUUAACGUUGUCCCGAGCGGAUCAACCUCUUUCACACAGGAAGACCAGGCAACGAACGGCUUGAUCUGGCUUGUGUCAAAAGUAAUCAACUUCCUAGCCAAAUCGAAGGAGUCCCAAAUCGCACAAUGGACAGGCUCCCCACCAGCAAACUCACCUGAAGCUCAAGGCACAUCAAGCAGCAGCCAAUCAUCAUAUCCCGAUACAAGCACCUGGCUCAAGCUUUCUUUCGAAUUUCAAACGUGGUUUGAUGGCGUCCCUGAGACGUUCCGUCCCUCCGUGAGAAUCGAGCACCCGAAGGAUCUAUCAAGACCCGAAGGGAGCCAGCUUCCAUUCCCUGAGAUUUUCCACGGCUUAACCACUUGUGCUGCCGCUAUGCAGCAUUAUCACUUCGGGCGGAUCGCGCUGCUUCUUAAUCGACCACCAGAUAUAAUGAGUGCACCAUCUACGGCUUUUGAUCGCUUACAGGGGUAUCGAGAGGUUACAAAGGAAGUGGAGUUCCGCUCUCGUGAAGUUUGUGGUCUUGCCUUGGGCCGCCCACACGGUGGGGUGCGGAUAUUCAUGAUACCGAUUCUCUACGCCGUUGGACAGUGCCUAGAGAGCCCUGAAGAACAUCAGAUUAUUAUUGAUUUACUACGAGGCGUGGAGGCUGACCUGGGUUGGGCUACUGAGUAUGCCGUUCAGAAACUUCAGGCCUCUUGGAAUCAAUAA